AUGUGUCCCUCCCCUGAUCUGUCCUCCCGGAUCCUCCCCCGCGUGCUCAUCGUCUCCCGCCGCACCGUCCGCAAGAACAAGUUCGUCGACUUCGUCGGUGAGUUUCUUGUUUCAUCACUUUAUCCAUGCCGGAAAGGUGUUGGCUUCGUUGGAAGAAUGCUGCAAUUUCUGACGUUUCCAUUGAUGGAUGCAGGGGAGUACCACCUGGACCUGGUUGUGGGCUACGGCGCGGUGCCGGUCAUCGUGCCGCGGGUCGCCGGCCUGCACGCCAUGCUCGACUCCUUCGAGCCCAUCCACGGCGUGCUACUCUGCGAGGGCGAGGACAUCGACCCCUCCCUCUACGACGCCGGCGGCGACGACGGCGACGGCGACGCGCUCUCCCAGGAGCAGCUCGAGGCCGUGCGGCGCCUCCACCCGAGCGACGCUGCCCUGGACCACGAGAAGGACUCCAUCGAGCUCCUCCUCGCGCGCCGCUGCCUCGAGCGCAACGUCCCGUUCCUCGGCAUCUGCCGCGGCUCGCAGGUGCUCAACGUCGCCUGCGGCGGCUCGCUCUACCAGGACGUCGAGCACGAGCUCCACCCCGCGGCCGACGAUGCCGUCUGCCACAUGGACUACGCCAACUACGACGGGCAUCGGCACCCUGUGCGCGUGCUGCCCGGCACGCCGCUGUACGACUGGUUCGCGGAGUCGCUGCUCGACGGCGACCAGCUGAUGGUGAACAGCUACCACCACCAGGGCGUGCGGCGGCUUGCCGAGCGGUUCGUGCCGAUGGCGCAUGCGCCCGACGGCCUGAUCGAAGGGUUCUACGACCCUGAGGUGUACAACCCCGGCGAGGGCAAGUUCAUCAUGGGGCUCCAGUUCCACCCGGAGCGCAUGCGCAAGGAGGGCUCCGACGAGUUCGACUUCCCCGGCUGCGCCAAGGCCUACCAGGAGUUCGUCCGCGCGGUGGUGGCAUACCAGGGGAAGCUUGCCGCCACGCACGUGCACGUCCGGAGCGCGGUCACCACGUCGCCCAAACUGAACCAGGAAGUGGAGAAGCAGCGCAAAGUAAUUGGGCGGAGCGUCUCGCUCGCCAAGAACAUGUACGUGUUCGGCAACAACACCGUAGCGCAGCUUCCGGCGGAGCACCGGAACGGGGACCUUGACGCCGGCGAGGAGCUCCUGGCGUCCAACACGGCGCUGAGUGUGCAGCAGGAGAAGCGGCUGAAGCAGAUGGGCGCGACGGUGCGGAACGCGUCGGGGUACAUGAACAGGCUCAAGGUGAGCGACGAGCGGGAGGCGGCGGCGCGGGCCCUCAUGGCGAAGAUGUCGGUAGCCCAGCUCGCCAGCCUCGCCGCCUUCUACCGCGCCAUGGGCAACGUCUGCUCCGAGGUGCUCGACGCCAAGCUCCAACCGCCGUCUCCAACCCUGCACGAGUGA